CGAGACUUCCGCCCUAGCUCGCGGCAUUCAAAACAUGGUGGACUGCAUCAAUUAGCCAAAAGCGUUUAUGUCAGUGUGAUCUAAAAGGGUAUCACAUACAUUAGUUUGAUACAGGCAACGACAUUUAUAGUUGACCAUUUACCCGAUUGGAAAGUAAGAGAGGGGAAAGGCACACUGCCCACAGUUUCACGUGGAUAAAGUUGAUACUGUAUCUUCCCUGGCAGGGUGAAGGAGACGCGCCAUCACCAUGGGGCGACGUUCGACCUCCUCCACCAAGAGUGGGAAGUUCAUGAACCCCACCGACCAGGCCAGGAAGGAGGCCAGGAAACGGGAGCUGAAGAAGAACAAGAAGCAGAGGAUGAUGGUGAGAACAGCUGUACUGAAGAUGAAGGACCCCAGACAGAUCAUCAAAGACAUGGAGAAGCUGGAUGAAAUGGAGUUCAACCCUGUGCAGCAGCCACUGCUGAAUGAGAAGGUGCUGAGGGACAAGAGGAAGAAGCUACGGGAGACAUUUGAGCGCAUCGUACGUUUGUACGAAAGAGAGAACCCAGACACUUACAAGGAGCUACGCAAACUGGAGCUGGACUAUGAGAGCAAUCGCGGCAAGCUGUCACUCUACUUCGACUCAGUCAAGAAUGCUGAACUGGUGGAGGUGGAUAGCAUCCCACUCCCAGAGAUGCCCCACGCUCCUUCCAGCAUCCUGAUCCAGGACAUCCCCCUGCCUGGGGCCCAGCCUCCCUCCAUCCUGAAGAAGGGCUCCUCGUUUAGUAAGGGGAUCAGUGCCUCCAUGUCUGCAGCGGUGGCAGGCGUCCCUCGGUUACCCCCUGGUAGGAAACCCCCGGGUCCCCCACCUGGCCCCCCACCGUCUCAGGUCCUGGCCCUGUACGCCUCACGUAGGGCCCAGUUUGCAGCAGAUGCAGGUACUGCACACACACCUCAUCUCACUACUGCAUGUUUGCACAUGGGAUCAGGAGGAAUAAAUAUGCUUCAUUCUACUUUCUCAUCCAAAUCCACCUUUCUCUGCCUACAACCAGAUCCAUCCAACCAGGCCUCUGACAUGGAGAAAGCCAUGGACACUAUGCUGAUGGGAGGAGAGAGGGACAGUGGGAGCGAGAGCGAUGGAGACGAUGGUGAGGAAGACGACAGCGACUCUGAAGAGGACAGUGAAGGAGAUAGGGAUGAAGGAGGCGAGGUUGACAAGAGGAUGAUGGUGGACCGGCAGGAGGACGAUAGAGAGAAGGGCAGAGAGGAAGACAGAGGGGACAGACAUGCAGGACGCAGUGUGCGGUUUGCAGACAUGCCCCCCUCAGCACCCAGGGAGAAGAGCAAGAAGAAGAGGAUUGUGAAGAAGAAAAAGGCCAUCACUCCACUGCAGGCUAUGAUGCUUAGGAUGGCAGGGCAGUCCAUCCCUGAAGACGAAGAGGAGGAAGAGGAAGUUGAGGAAGAGUACACGGACUCUGACGACUCAGACAUUGAGGAUAGGGGACCACCAGGUGACAACCAAUCUCAUCUUAUACCCAAUCAGCGCAUGCCUCCACCCUCUGGACCAAUGGGAGGACAGCAACCACCUCUACACAUGCAGGGUCCACCAGGGACAGGGCCUCCACCGUUGGGACCACCCCCAGCUCCUCCAAUGAGGCCUCCUGGUCCGCCCUCUGGCCUGCCUCCCGGCCCUCCACCCGGUGCUCCCCCGUUUUUGAGGCCGCCUGGUAUGCUAGGUGGUCCAAGGGGACCGAUGCCCCGGCUACUGCCCCCUGGACCCCCACCAGGUCGUCCCCCUGGCCCUCCCCCAGGCCCCCCUCCAGGCCUCCCUCCUGGUCCUCCACCCCGGGGACCCCCACCCAGACUGCCUCCCCCAGCUCCCCCAGGCAUCCCCCCUCCACCACGAUCUGGCCCCCCGCGCCAACUCGCCCCUCCCCUCUCUCUUUUCCCCCCGCCGCUUAACUCCAACGUACUCAGCGCUCCCCCCAGCAUCGUCCACCGCCAGAAACCCGGCUCCAACCCAGAUGGCUCCCAUAGCAACCCCAAUGCCUCCAUGCUGCCCCCUCCUUCCAUGCCUAUGUCCAUGCGCCCAGGGAUGCAAAUGCCCCCUCCCCCUGGGACAAGUGCCCCGCCGUCGGGCGCAAACCCCACCAGCCACCACCAUGCACCAACCAUCGAGAAGCGGGCCAACAUCACCUCUAUCUCAGCCGGAGGCAGCAAUCUGGCAACAGGCCAGGGGAGUGGCGGAGCCACCAUCUCAGCCAAACCCCAGAUCAUCAACCCCAAGACAGAGGUCACCCGCUUCGUGCCCACUGCGCUGAGGGUGCGCAGAGAUAAAGGGGCCAGGAGCGGAGGAGGGCCUAUGGAAAAGAGAGGAAGAAGAGAUGAAAGGGUGGGAGGCCAGAAGCAGCAGUCGAUGGUUGCCCCCAUGGGAUCGACCAACCCUACUCAGAUGGGCCCAGUCUCUCAGCCCAACAUGAAGACCAAGGACCAGAUGUAUGAGGCCUUCAUGAGGGAGAUGGAGGGACUCCUCUGAGACUGACAGGGGCUGCGGGGUGAAAAGGGUGGGUGUGUUGAGAAGGAAUGAACAGUAGGGGUCAUGAAGAAUGUGUUAGUGAUACCAGCAAGCAGAUGCUGUUCAGAAACACAUUGGUUCCUCUAAAUGAAGCGGAAAGGCUUUGUUUUUCACAAUGAGACA